AUGUCUGCAGCUGCUGCUGUUAUUACUGUUGCUGAUGCCUUGCUUGUCUCAGUUCCUUUCUACAACAGCAGACGGUGCACGAAGGAGUCCCACUGCCUCUCUGCUGCUGCUGCUGCUGCCCUUCUCUGCUGCAGCGCUUCUGUCGCUGCUGCUUUUUGCUCCAGACAACCACCUCCUGCUGCUGCAAGUUCCAUUCUGAAGCAGCACUCUGUUUGCUGCUCUGCUGCAAGGCUUCAUUGGCUGCAGAUUACUGCUGCUACUGCUGCUGUUUCUUUGCUGCUAUUGCUGCUCUGUCCAUUUGCUGCUGUUGUUCGCUGCCCUGCUGUUGUUUCCUUGUUGCUGCACAUUGUUGUUUCUGUGCUGCUGCUGCCGCAAGUCUUUUCCUGCUUCUUUGCUGCCGCUGCGGCAAGUGCUUUCCUGCAGCUGCUACUUGUCUCACUGCUGCUGUUGCUGUGCUGUUUCUUUGCUGCUAUUACUGCUGUUUUGCUGCUACUGCUGCUGUGCUUCGCUGCUGCUGCUUUGCUGCUGUGCUUCGCUGCUGCUGCUUUGCUGCUGUGCUUCGCCGCUGUUGCUUUGCUGCGCUGCUACUGCUGCUGUCUUUUGUUGCUGUUGCUGUGCUGUUCAUCCACACUGCAGCUGGGCUUUGUGGCAGCAGCUGUUGGUGUGAACCAUGGCACUGUGACAGCAGCUGCUUUUCGCUGCAAUGACCUUGCUUUUACUGCUGCCAUGCCACUUGUUGUUGUGGCUGCAGCAAGCAACUUCAGGGGGCAUUUAUGCAAAGAUGAUUCACCUCACUUCAGGAAUUCAUGGUAA